AUGGCCGCUCCCGCCGUCGCUCAGUCGCUCGACCCAACCAGCGGCUGCUUCUACCUCACAGGAAGCUCUCUGUGCCCAGGCUUCGAGGGUUCGUAUGUCAAUGUCAACGACAACACAGACACCUACCCGUUCUUCUCGAAAGUCUACGAUGUUCAAGACUUUGACCGCUAUGGCCUCCAGUACAUCAACAAUAUUGCCACCACCAAGCUCGGCAACACCAUGGGAUGCAACAAUGCAAAGUCGACUACUAUUCGCUACGAGCGCACUGUUCUCUGUGGGAUCUGGACCAGUACCGCUGGCUCUUUGACCUGCAUUCAAACUUUCCAGGGCGCGGCAGCUGUUCUUCCCAAGCAGGUAUGCGCGUCAACAUGCGAUCAGAACCAGCAGUCGCUGCAGGACAUUGCAUCCAACUCGACCAUCUGCGGGAGGGACCGCACCAACGGUGCCCGUAACAAUCAGAUUUCCGCCGACUAUGCCGCUUGCUCGGCGGGCGCCUCGUCAACGGCAGCGACCUGCGUCUCUGGUGACAUGAACGAGCACAACUGCGGCUUCUCGAACUCGACUGCCCAGGUGUGCCAGCUGUGCGCGACCUCCCCCGAGCAGUGCUGCGCUGAGCCCAACUUUGACAUCAGCGGACUUUGUGGCCUUGACGCCUCCGCGCUCUCUUCUGCGGCUGCCACCAGCACCGCCACCCCCGGCGCUUCGAAGAAGAGCUCCAGUAGCAAGGGCAUCUCGGGUGGUGCGAUCGCCGGUAUUGUCGUUGGUGUUGUGGGCGGUAUUGCUCUGAUUGCCUUUCUCGCGUUCUGCCUGUGGCGCCGCAAGCGCAACAACAAGGAGUCCAACGGACGUCUACUCAUGUCGCCUGAGGAGAAGAACCACGAGACUGGAUGGCGCCAGACGACACCCGAUAACUCAGCUCAGAACUCUCCCGAGGUUCGGAGCGGCACCAUUCCCGAGGCUCCUGUCGACCGCUCGCAGACCAUGACGACUGUCCCUGUUGGCGCAGCUGCGGCUACGGGCGCGCUCGCGGGCGCUGGGGGUGCCGCUGCCGCUGGACACUCUGCGCAGGCGGGAGCCCCGCACACGUCCAACUUUGCCGCCUCGGGUACUGGACCCACUGCGUCUCCCGCUGCCCCGGCCUCCUCAAACUUCGUUACCAACCCGUCUGUUGCUGGCCCUACGGCCUCUGGUGUCGGUGCUCCCGGUCUCGCUAGCGGCGUUCCCUCCUCUGGCUCUUCGCAUAGCCACGGUGGUGCGAUGGUUGGUGCUGCUGCGGCCGGUGCCGCUGUUGUUGGUGGUGCUGCUGUUGCUGCCAACAAGCAGCGUCGUGAUGCUCCUUCGCCUCCCGCUAAACGUAACGUUUCGCCGCCCGCUCCCAUCACCGUCCCUCAUCAGUCGAUGCCUCAGCAGCACCCUUCGACCACGCCCACAGCGGCCGCGUUCCCUCACGUUCCGUCAUCGCCUCCUCGCCCGUUACCUACGCCUCCUACGAGCACUUCUCCCAGGUCGCCCCAGUCGGCAUACACGCACAGCUCGACAUCCGCACCGCCUGCCUCGCCGCCUCGCGCCCUACCCCACGCCCCUGGCCCUAUGGCUGCGCUUGCCGCUGCCCCCCAGGCCGGCCCUGCCAUGGUUCCUGCCCCAGCCGCCGCUGCUCCCUCCAAUGCCGCAAACAUGGCCGGUGUCGGUGCUGGCGCAUCGGCUGCUGCUGCUGCCUCUGCCGCUGCGGGCGCAGACACGACUCGCCUGCAGCGCCUCGAGCUACCAAAGGGCAGCGGCCUCUGGAUCGAGGAGGGCUCGCAGGUCGUCGCCCAGCACCCGUACAAUGCCGCGCUCGUCGACGAACUCACCCUUGUGCCGGGAAUGACGCUGACGGUGCACGAGAUCUACGACGACGGGUGGGCGCGUGGUGUCAUCUCUGCAGGCGGGGAUGAGAACCAGGUCGGCCGCGUCGGCCAGUUCCCGACCGUGUGCGUCUCCAAGGCGUAA